GUCUUUAUCUCUUGCGGCGCUGCGGAAGGUGGCUGGGACGCAUUCGGAGUCUUUCGUUCCCUUUGCUCCUUUUUUUCAUUCUUUGUUCAGAGCCGGUCUGAAGGGCGGCUCCGUAGAUGGCCAGCUUUCCCCCGAGUGUUAACGAGAAGCUCAUUGGAAGAUCACGGACAGUGGGAGAACUUUUAGCCCCAGUUUCUCCUUUCGACAAAAAGUGUGGGCGUGAAAACUGGACGGUUGCCUUUGCUCCAGAUGGCUCCUACUUCGCUUGGUCACAAGGCCAUCGCAUAGUAAAACUCGUUCCCUGGUCUCAGUGCCUGAAUAAUUUUUCGUUGCAUGGCGUAAAGACUUUCACCAAUUUAAGCCAUUCCAAACUUUCGAGGCAGAACAGCAAUGGAGACCAGAAAAACAAGCCCAGCGAGCACGUCAUAGAUUGCGGCGACAUCGUCUGGAGUUUGGCUUUUGGAUCUUCCGUGCCCGAAAAGCAGAGCCGGUGUGUGAAUAUAGAAUGGCACCGGUUCAAAUUCGGCCAAGACCAGCUUCUCCUGGCAACGGGCUUAUCCAAUGGUCGUAUCAAAAUAUGGGAUGUCUAUACAGGAAAGCUCCUCCUUAAUUUAAUGGACCAUACAGAAGUUGUCAGAGACUUAACUUUUGCCCCUGAUGGCAGCCUGAUACUAGUGUCUGCUUCACGAGACAAAACACUCAGAGUAUGGGACCUGAAGGAUGAUGGAAAUAUGAUGAAAGUAUUAAGAGGGCACCCAAACUGGGUCUAUAGCUGUGCUUUCUCUCCAGAUUCUUCCAUUCUCUGCUCUGUGGGGGCCAGUAAAACAGUGUUGCUUUGGGAUAUGGAUAAAUACACUCUCAUCCGAAAACUGGAAGGGCACCACAACGAUGUUGUAGCCUGCGAGUUUUCUCCUGACGGAGCUUUACUGGCUACAGCAUCUCAUGACACCCGCGUUUGUGUUUGGGACCCGCACACUGGAGCUGUUCUGUUGGAGUUUGGGCAUCUGUUUCCCGCACCAACUCCAAUAUUUGCUGGGGGAGCAAAUGACCGCUGGGUCAGAUCUGUAUCUUUUAGCCACGACGGACUGCAUAUUGCAAGUCUUGCUGAUGAUAAGAUGGUGCGGUUCUGGAGAAUUGACGAAGACCACCCCGUCCAGGUUGCACCUCUGAGCAAUGGGCUUUGCUGUGCCUUUUCUACAGAUGGCAGUGUUCUAGCUGCUGGGACGCAAGACGGAAGUGUGUACUUCUGGGCCACUCCCAGGCAUGUUGCCAGCCUCCAGCACUUGUGCCGCAUGGCCAUCCGGCGAGUGAUGCCCACCAGCCAGGUGCAGAAUCUGCCUGUCCCUCCCACCAUCGUGGCUUUCCUUUCCUACCGGAUUUAGAAAGUAAAUUGGAAGAGGGGAGGAGAGCAGUCUGCCAGGCACGUGGGCAAAAGAGAACCUCAAGCUUUUUGUAAGCCCUUUUGAGCUGAACACUUCACAUAUUGCAGUCAUUAUUUUCCCUUAAGAAUAAAGAAGUGGAGUUUCCUUAAAGACGGUAUUUAUAGAAAAGAUCAGUAGAGGUAUUUCUUGAGAGCACCAGACUUUUCUGAAGAAAUUCUAACUGUGAAAAUCUGUAAAUAAUUAGACGUUAGCUGCUAUGUAUUACCUGUGUAUAUCAUUUGUGAUUUUUUAAAAUGUAGAAUAUAGCAUGUAUAUAGGCGUGUGUGUGUGUGUGUGUGUGUGUAUUUGCAUGCACACAAACAUACACACAGAGAUAUAUAGAUUCUGGAGCCACAAUCUGUAUUGGUGCUGUGUAUAGAGUGGCGUUUGUGGCUCAGGUAUAGGAAAACAAAAUUUAGUGGCUUCUGUAUGUUGUGCAUUAUUGGCAGGGGGCUCUCAAAAUGGGGCCCUGGGUUGUGCACAUCUUGUGUAGCAGAAGGAGUGAAUUUCCUUGAGGUCCACAGCACGGAGAGGAAGUCGGGCACAGCUAAGAAAGCUUGAUUUACCAGACACAUGUCAUCUUCAGGGAGGCCUUAAUUUUGCCACAAAUUGAAUGGUGAGUGUACAGGAUCGCUUGGCGGUCCUUAAACCUUUGAAAUCCAGCUACUGUAUUAAAUCCUGGCAACUUCUCUAUCAGAUGUGACUUCUUCACAGGCUCAGGGUUCCCACCCCCCAACACUUCAGUCAACCUUUGUCAUUUAAAGGGGGUGAUAAUUGGGUGAACUACCAAAGACAUGAAACCAUUCUUGUUUUCAUAUGCUUUUGCCUUCUGUUCAUCUGGACUCGCAGAUGCAAAGAAUGUAUGCAUUGCAUAAAAUGCCUGAUUAUAUAUAUUUCUUCUUUUUUGUAUUAAAAAGUUGUAAAAAAAA